AUGGAUGCCUUCUCCGCCGCUCCCGUGACUCCUCUCCCCGAGCUAGCAGCUCUCCUGGCAGCUUGCAACGUGAAUGCCCGAUACGAGCUCCUGCAGCCCAUUACCAGGGUCGUGGUGUCCCCGGCGGCCUCGGUGGAGCUGGAAUUCCGCCUGGUCGCCGUCAGGAUCCGCACUGGCGAAUUCCUUCUCUCCACCUGCCGCCCGGCCGGCGAGCCCAACACGUGCGUAGCGCUGGACCAGUACUUUGAAUUCUCCAUCGCCGACAUCAGGUUCUUUCAAGGGAAGAUCUACGUCCUGUCCAAGAUCAAUGAGACGCUCCGCGUCCUCGAUCUCAACAAUGGCUACCUCGACGAGCUACCGGCAUCACCAUCUUGCAUCGAGGUCAUAUGCGGAGUGAGGUCCGAGUUCGCGAUGACAGAGGAGCCCCAUCUGCAAAAGGAUCCAUGGCCGUACGGCCACGUCGUUGCGGGGCGGUAUCUGGUCGAAUGUAAUGGCAAGCUGCUCAUGGUCAGGCGAUGGGCCCGCAAACCUUUGAUGAGCUUUAGUUACUUUUCGAUGACCGAAUUUCGAGACAAGGAUGGGUACGAUCUUGAACGGACUCGCCGGUUCGAGGUCUUCGAGGUAGACCUCGGCCGAAGGAUGAGCCAUGGCCGGUGGAAGAAGGUCCAGGGCUUGGAUGGUUGGGCGAUGUUCGUGUCAUCGCGAUGCUCCAAGGCAGUAACUGCAGCAAGCCAUGGAGCUCGAGAGGACUGCGUCUACUUCGCGCACCAGUGGGGUCGGAGAGACCCGGACAAUCCCAUCGGCGGCUCCGGGGUGUACAACAUGAGAGACGGGGCGAUCACGCGGCCGCUGUUGCCAGAGCCUGCGGCGGUCGCUGGGUCACUGCCAUGGAGCCGACGGUUUCCAGCGUGGGUAUUCCCUAUGGAAGUUUAA